UUAAAUCUUUGAUCAAGCGAUCCAAGAAAUUGGAGAUUAUAUUAUUUUUUUCCAGCCCUUAUCACAUCGUCGUUCUUCCUGGCUCUACUACUCAUUGUGUACGCGAUCCUACCAGAGUUGAGAAAUAUAGGCGGGAUGGUACUCAUGGCAUAUGUGUUCAGUUUGAUGGUCGCCUUCCUCGGCAUGGCUACGAUACAGAUUGAUGAAUUCGAAAACGAUACUUGCGUGAAUCUAACAAUCGUUAUCUACUUCUUCUUCUUGGCUGCGUUUGCGUGGAUGAACGUUAUGUCUUUCGAUAUCUGGUGGACAUUCCGGGGCUACGCGAAAGCUCGUCCAAUCCAUCGCAGAGGAGAAAACUUCAAGUUUUGUAUGUACUGUAUUUAUGCUUGGGGAGUUCCCUUAGCAAUGACUUUAGCAUUUAUGAAGGUAAAUGAAGCAGAUCUGAGUGACCAGCCGUGGAUUGUCAAGCCUCUUGUACCGGAAAAUGGAUGUUUCUUACAAGAUGGGCAAAAGUUAGUAUACUUGUACUUUCCUAUGCUGAUAAUGAUUUCUGGAAACUGGGUGUUUUUCGGCAUGACGACAUUCAACGUGUGGCGAUUAAGGCGAGGCACUCAAGUGCUCAACUCUCCAGCUGCUGGUAACCCGGCAGCUCACCGAUCACAGAAACGGAGAUUCACAGUGUAUUUGAAGUUAUCAGCAAUAAUGGGCAUUAGCUGGUUAUUUGAUGUUUUCGCUUCAUUUUACCCUGACCUUAAGAUUUCGUACAUCUCAGGCGCAUACAACUUGCUCACAGGAAUUACUAUAUUUCUCAUUUUCAUCUGGAAGGAGUCUAUUUUGAACAAACUAAAGAACAGGUACAAAAAUUUCAGAUGUGCCAGGCUUCCAAAAAGAUCAAUGACCGCAUGUAUUACUCUAGAAUCGACUCCAAGUCAAGAAACCCAACCAACCGUGUGUCCAUAUCCAAGUGUAGAGGAAGUUCUCAGGUGAAGAGAGACCAUUUUUUGCUUAGAAUGCUGGAAACAAUGACAGCACAAUCUUAGCAAGGAAUCUACGUUAUAGUUCACGAUCCGAAUAUCCGUUAAAAGAACGAAGAUUAGCUCCAGUUUAUCAUAAUUGUUAAAUAAUUUAAAGAGUUAUUAAUGCUCUACGAAUAAAAACGAUGACAGAUGAA